UCCACGGGCGGGCGAGGCAGGCCAGGCGCUGGCGAGCGCAGCUGGAACCCAGGCUCAGGGCGGCGGUGGGUGUCCAUUCCAGAACGUUCGCCACAGCAGAAGCGCCCAAGAUGGAUCCCAGAGGCACCAUGGUAUUGAGACUUCUUGUAUGUGUGACUGUCGUCCUGGUCUCUGAUGCUGCCUCCCAGAAAAGUGAGGCUUAUUUCAACAGAACUGCAUUCCUACCAUGUCAAUUUGUAAAUUCUCAAAACAAAAGCCUGGCGGAGCUGGUCCUAUUUUGGCAGGACCAGGAAACGCUGGUUUUGUAUGAGCUAUAUUUAGGCAAAGAGAAACUCGAUAACGUGAAUGCCAAGUAUCUGGGCCGCACAAGCUUUGACCAGAAAAGCUGGACUCUGCAACUCCACAACGUUCGCAUUCAGGACAAGGGCUUGUAUCAGUGCUACAUCCAUCACAAAGGGCCCACGGGACUAAUUCUCCUCCACAAGAUGAGCUCAGAGCUGUCAGUCCUUGCUAACUUCAGUGAACCUGAAAUAGUGCCAGUUUCUAAUAUAUCAAGAAAUUCUGGCAUAAAUUUGACCUGCUUAUCUCGACAAGGUUAUCCGAAACCUAAGAAGAUGUAUUUUGCACUAAAAUCUCAGAAUUCGACUAUUCACUACAGCAGCAACAUGCAGAUAUCUGAAGACAAUGUCACAAAAUUGUACAGUGUUUCUGUCCACUUGUCUGUCCCCUUCCCCAGUGGUGCAGGCAACGUGACCAUCUUCUGUGUCCUGGAACUUGAGCCGAAGAAAACGCAGCUUCUCUCCCUACCUUUCUUUGCAGAUCCUAAAGACCCCAUUCCUGUCAAAAAGGAUCAAAGAUUUUGGAUUGCAAUUGCAUUUUCAAUCGUCAUUGCAGUUAUAGCUGUCAUUGCAAUACACAAAAGGAGGAAGAAACAGCGGCCUGACAUCUCUCACAAAGGCGAAACCACCAAGGCGGAGAAGGAAGAGAGUGAACAGGUGGAAGAAAGUCCUGGCUAUGCAACAUUGUUGAAAGAGGUUUGAUCUCCAGAGUGUCUGAAAACUGCAUAGGCUUAAUCCUGAGAAUAAGCACUCAUGCACCUGAAACAGAGGGAAAAGCUGAGUGUACUGUUUGGUCACAGUUCAGAAACACCCUCGGGCAUCCAACAAAGUACUGCAUAUGAUUAAUUAACGAUCAAAGUUCGCAUGUGCCCAUCAUGAAUACCCUUCCUCUCGCAAGUUUUUGGGCAACCUCUUCGUUUUCUCCCAGAAGAUAAGAGAAUAUAACCGUGACUCCAGCUAGGUGAAAUGUCCCUCCAUAAUAAAGCCACCUCUGUUCCCUGCACCAGGAGAAGACGCAAGUUCUGUGUUUUGCUUUGUGUGAUUCAUAGCACACUCAUGGGCUGGAAUGAUUCUUUGCCUGGGGAUAUUGAUCAGGACCAGCCUCCUCCUGCCUCCAGAUCACAUUUCUCUCUUAGUUUUUUCAAAAUUUUGCUUUUAUAUGGGAGCUCCUAGUUUCAAACAUUCUGGCUUUUAUCUGCCCCAAAUUCUAAGGCGGUGCCUUGUUUCAUCUUGCAUACCUGGACCUGAACAACUACCUCUUCGGUCAGGGUGGGAGUGAUGUCUUUCAUGAUGUUAUUGUGUUCAUAUUAAUACUUUAAAAUCUAAAGGAACAUGUACUAUAGUCGCAUAACUAUUACUACGUUCUGGAGAAAGGCUCCCUUAUAAAUUUUUUUUUUAAAUCUUUUAAAAAAAAUUGUCCUUCUGUCGGGAUCAGUAAAGAAUAUGAUGAUUUAGGCAGUGUAUGUGUGACAGUGAGCACGGACUUCUCAACUUUGGGAGAGCAGGAUGGACAUGGAACCAGCCCCACCCGGAUGGAGAAGCCACGUCUAUCUAUGCUGUUGCUGAUAUGAAGCGAAUCCACCUGCACAGCCAGAGAUAAACCAGCCUUGGUAGAGAGCGCCAAAGGAAGCAGAAAGUACUAUGUCUCCUGAGCCCUACCUCCAUUCUUGAGAAAAGGGGACUCAGGUAAUAGUCUGGAGCAGCUGUGCGUGAAUGAGACCAAAAUCUAUGAAAGAAAAAGAAAGAAACAAAAACGUGGAGCCCAACCAACAGCGACGCACGGAAGCAUUGAUGUGCCUCGUCCUUCGACAAGACCAGAAGUUCUGGUGUUGUCCAAAUGGACAUACACAGCAGUUGCCCUGGUGGUCAGCGAAGGGUUUGGAUGAUGCCCAAGUUAGCGUGAUAUUUCAUCUGGCAGGAAGCAGAGCUUGGAGGAGAGCUGUCACCUUGAGGAUAUGCAAGGAAGGAGGCUCAGGACUCAGCUCACAGUUAAAUGGAGUUAGGAAGAGAAGGGUGGGCAGCUUGCAGAAGCUUACUUGACCUGCAGCUUCCCCAGUGGGUAUGAGAUGGCCCAGAGCAGAACUAAUUUAUCGAUGACUGCUAAUGCUCAAGGAAGCCACAGGAAAACUGGAUACAAGAGGAAUAGCCUACUAGAAGCCAGUUAGGACAAUUAGUGUCAACAAAGGGCCGAGCAACCUCAGUCCAAACCAAAGGACUUUGGAUGACCUGAACCACAAAAAUUGUUCUUCAUAUUUUGGGAUCCUUUUUAUGUUAUUAUUAUUAUUUUUU